GUCAUUUCCUGUUAUUCUCUUUGCUCCCUCCUCCGUGCGCAGUGGGUUCGCUCAGGACCGGCUCGCGGGGCGCGUCUACUUCCUCCUCCCUCGGGCGCGUGAGUAGGCGCUGCUCUUCACAGUCGCGAAGGAGCCUCCACUUCGCGAGGCGCACUGUGCUUGGAGCUCUAGCUGAGCCACCAAGGCAACGGAAUUCCUUGGGGGUGAGGCCAGGGUGGGCGUCUUCACGGCUCCGGAGCCCCUCUGAGCGCCUAGCCCGUCCCCUGGGUGUUAGAAUCAGGACCGCCUGCAACGUCUCCAGGAGUCGGGGACACCACACCUCCUGGGGGUCUUUCAGGGCCUGCGGAGAAGCCAGGCGGUACCAGACCGGGGCCAAGGCCAGGAAUGGAGGCCGGAAUUGCCACUGAAAAGCCUUGGCUUUAGUGCCCCUGUUGUUUGACUGGAGCGACCGCUUUCACCUCCGCCUCAGUUUCUCCAUCUGUUAAGUGAAGAAUCUUAACAGCCAGUGUCGUUUUUCUCAGGCAUGGACUCCUUUAAGAACCUGCUGAAGCCCAGAGAGGUGAAGCCACUUCCUGAACUGAGGAGUGACAGAGUCAGAUCUCAAAUCCCUGCUCUUCCCAAAGCAUGAUGCCUUCAGCAAAGGAGAGCCAGAAGGAUGAGAAUUAUUUUGGAAGAUGAAUACCAGCUUUGGUUGAAGGAAUAAGAACCAAAGAGAAGUUAAAGGAGUUGGAACCACAGGUGCGGCUGGUGAUUGCAGAGAAGGGCCUGGCAUGUGAGGAGCGGGACGUGAGCCUGCCUCAGAGCGAGCACAAGGAGCCCUGGUUCAUGCGGCUCAACCUAGGUGAGGAGGUGCCCGUCAUCAUCCAUCGCGACAACAUCAUCAGUGACUACGACCAGAUCAUCGACUACGUGGAGCGCACCUUCACAGGAGAGCACGUGGUAGCCCUGAUGCCCGAGGCGGGCAGCCCACAGCACGCACGGGUGCUGCAGUACCGCGAGCUGCUGGACUCACUGCCCAUGGACGCCUACACACACGGCUGCAUCCUGCACCCCGAGCUCACCACCGACUCCAUGAUCCCCAAGUACGCUACGGCUGAGAUCCGCAGACAUUUAGCCAACGCCACCACGGACCUCAUGAAAUUGGACCAUGAAGAGGAGCCCCAGCUCUCUGAGCCCUAUCUUUCUAAACAGAAGAAGCUCAUGGCCAAGAUCCUGGAGCAUGAUGAUGUGAGUUACCUGAAGAAGAUCCUUGGGGAGCUGGCCAUGGUGCUGGACCAGAUAGAAGCCGAGCUGGAGAAGAGGAAACUUGAGAAUGAGGGACAGAAAUGUGAGCUGUGGCUCUGCGGCUGUGCCUUCACUCUCGCCGACGUCCUUCUGGGAGCCACCCUGCACCGCCUCAAGUUCCUGGGACUGUCCAAGAAAUACUGGGAGGACGGCAGCCGGCCCAACCUGCAGUCCUUUUUUGAGAGGGUCCAGAAGCGCUUUGCCUUCCGGAAAGUUCUCGGCGACAUUCAUACCACCUUGCUAUCGGCCGUCAUCCCCAAUGCAUUCCGGCUGGUCAAGCGGAAACCGCCAUCUUUCUUUGGGGCCUCCUUCCUCAUGGGCUCCCUGGGCGGGAUGGGCUAUUUUGCCUACUGGUACCUCAAGAAAAAAUACAUCUAGAGCUGAGCCAGGCCUGGGCUUGGUGUCUGACUGUCAGUGUCUCUGUGCUGUGUGAUUCCCAAUGAGCUCUCAGUAAUGCACUGUCUCAUGAACACUUGAACAGCCCCUUCCCCACCCCUUGUUCGGAGUAAUUCUAUUGUCAGUGUGAAAACAUUCCAUAGUUUAGAAGUAGACGUUGCCAAUGCCGUGAGUUGAAGCCACGGCUCUACUGAAGGAGAGAAAGAGUGAGAGAGAGAACAGAAACAAAGCACGAAUGCCUUUUCUUUUGAUUCAAGGUCUCAAGAUGGAACUGUGGGGACUGGUUAGGAUCUGAGGUGAGUCCCAGGCCAUUUCACCCAUCAGGGCCCAGAUUCUGGGAGGUGCUGGGGGCUCAGAGGGCCUGACCCCUCGCCUCCCCUUCCCUCUUGCCCAGGGAACUUUCCACAGGACAAAGCCAACAUCAAGACUCAACUCUUCUAAGUGGUACCUCUGGGUGGGGCUAGAGACCCGGAGACUCCAUGGGAGGCCCGUGAAGAUCGGAAGGGACUUCAUUCUUCUCCUGGACAUGGACUGAGACAGCAGUGGCUCAAGCCAAGGCAGUGGCACCCAACCACCAAACCAGGACUAGGACGGACACCAUGAGCACACCCUCAUUCCCCUCCUGCUGUGGCCAGUGAGUUUGGUUUGGCACUCUACCAGUAAUCCCUGAAGGCAGCAUCCAUCAUCCUCUUCCCACCUGGAGCUGAUUUUUCCCAUCAUGUGAGGUGGACUUUCAGCAAAAGCCAAGUUCACAGUCUUAGAAGGUCAGUCCGGCCCGAGUGCAGGGGUGGGUCUGGAGGUAGAUGAACCUCAAGUCCCUCUCCUAGCCUCUGCCAAAGCCAUCUCCUUUAAUUCCCACCUGUCCCAUCACUUGUGGGGUGCCUCGCAUGCCCCACCAUGCCACACAGGGGGAUCUCCUCACCUAUGCUGCCCACCUGGUCGUCUCACUUUCCUGUGCCUUUUGCAUGUUGGGAGAAGGUCUGAGUGUCACUGCCAUUCAUGCUUAGAAACCACUGAAAGCCCCCAAUAAAGCAUCCAGGAGAAGCAGUUGCUUUUCAUUUGUAAA